UGGAGGUGGAAGGUGGAGGACGGACGGUCGAUGUCGUCUGAGGAGAAAUUCUUCUUCUGAGUUGGUUCAGACUGAAGGAGAGAUGAAGAGGAUUGAGCUGCUGGUGGUCCUGCUGCACGUUUCCCAGCAUGCCUCUGGUGUAGAAGUGUUUGAUGGUGAGGAGUCGGUCCAGUUGCCCUGUCAAGUCAACAUCUCUGUUUCCAAGGACUCCACAGUGCACUGGAGCCGCGAGGACCUCAAGUACUCCAUCGUACACAUCCGUCAGCAGACUCGUGAUGACCUUAUGGACCAAAACAAACGUUACAGGAAUCGGACUUCGAUGAAGAUGGACGCCCUCCAGACCGGAGACCUGAGCCUGACUCUGAAGAAUCCUACCAUCUCUGACAGUGAAACCUACACCUGCACCGUCCGCAGGUUUGGAGAAGAGCUUAGUCGAAUCGACGUGCUGCUGGAAGUGAAGGAGCGCUUUCCUCCAAUCCUCCUGCCAGUUGUCCUGGUUUCCCUGGUUCUCCUGGCCUCUGUCUCUGGUUUGUUCUUUUAUCUACGAUACAAAAGAAUGAAACACAAUCCAGACUCUCAGGUGGAGGUGGAGUCGGGGGUGGAGUCUGUCCAACUGCCCUGCAAAACGACAAAUGAUCUGUCAGAACAUGCCAAAGUGGAGUGGAGGGAUGGUACCGGCAGGAAAGUCCAUGUGUAUCCGAACAGCUCUGACCAGGAAGAAGAACAACACUGGUGGUACAGAGGUCGGACGGAGAUGAAGAAAAACCUGGAGACUGGAGACCUCAGUCUGACCCUGAAAUACCCCACGGACAGAGAUAGCUGCACCUACACAUGCAUCGUGUACAGCAAGGAGGGAGACUCACUGAUGGAGAAACAAGUGGAACUCACAGUCAAAGUUCCCCAGGUGGAUGAGGAGGAGGGGGCAGAGUCUGUUCACCUCCCCUGCAGAGCCACAGGUCGCCUGUCUGAAGAUGUGUCAGUUGAGUGGACCUGUGUUGACAUCUGGAUCACGAAGGUCCACGUGUUUCAGAACGGUUCUGACCACCUGGAGGAACAGCACAAAAGCUACAGAGGCAGAACAGAGAUGAAGAAAGGCCUGCUGGAAACUGGAGACCUCAGUCUGACCCUGAAACGUCCGACAGACAGAGACAACUACUGCUACACCUGCACCGUCUGCAGUGGGGAGGGGAACAUCCUGAUGCAGAAGCAGGUGAAGAUCCGGGUCAAAGUCCGUCAGUUGGAGGCGGAGGAGGGGGAGAGGUUUGUCCUGCUGCCCUUCAGAACAACACCUGACCUGCCUGAAGAUGCUCAAGUUAAGUGGUGGAGAUACGAUCCUGAACCCCCGAUGACGGUUCUGAAAUACCAGAACAGUUGUGAGCAGCGGGACCAGCAGGACCAGUUUUACAGAGGCCGGACAGAGAUUCCCGAAGACCACCUGAAGACUGGAGACGUCAGUCUGAAGCUGAAAUACCCCACAGACAGAGACACGGGCAGAUACAUCUGCAGCGUCACCAGCACGACUGUUUCCAGAAAGAAGACGGUGCUGCUUCAAGUCGUCAACCGACAGAUGGAGGUGGAGGAGGGGGCGGAGUCUGUCCAGCUGCCCUUCAUAACAACAGCCGGCCUCCCUAAAGACACCAGAGUGGAGUGGAUCCGCUAUGAACCUCAACACAUGAAGGUCCACGUGUACCAGAACGGCUCUGAGCAUCCCGAAGACCAGAACUCGAUUUACAAAGACCGAACAGAGAUGAAUGAAGACCCGCUGGAAUCUGGGGACCUGACUCUGACUCUGAAACAGCCCACAGUCGGAGACUCAGGGACAUACAGAUGUGAAGUUUGCAGCCGAGAGGAAAAGUGCCGCAGAGAGACGACAGUGGUCGUCAGAGUCAGACGUCAGUAUGAAGCUGAGAGUCCAAAUGAUGUGGGAAUGGAAGGACUUCCCCUGAUCCAAUUCAGAUGA